AAAAAAAAAACUUUUUUUUAAUCUUUCUCUUAUUAACCUCUGAAGAAGUGACUCAGACUUGAGACUUCAUACUCAGGAAAAAAGGGUUUUUGCUUUGCGGGUUUAACGAAGUAAAUAAGCUUUCGUCUUUCUUUCCUUAAAAAUCUUUUGAAUCGAAGCAUUUUCAAAAUGGGACCUCGUUGCUCUAAGCUAUCUCUCUGUUGGUGGCAAACACAUCACAAAUCAUCUCUCAACGACGCUUCUGAUCUUGAAAAUGGGACAGACGGUUCGGCGUCGUUUACAGAGUUCAGCUUCGACCAACUACGAACUGCUACUUCAGGUUUCUCAACGGACAGUAUCGUGUCGGAACACGGCGUGAAAGCUCCUAAUGUUGUGUAUAAAGGCAGACUCGAAGAUGAACGAUGGAUCGCUGUUAAACGCUUCAAUAGAUCCGCUUGGCCUGACACUCGUCAAUUCCUUGAGGAAGCAAAAGCUGUGGGGCAGUUGAGGAGUGAGAGGUUAGCCAACUUGAUUGGUUUCUGUUGUGAAGGAGAUGAGAGAUUGCUCGUUGCUGAGUUUAUGCCUUUUGAAACUCUCUCUAAGCAUCUCUUCCAUUGGGAUAGCCAGCCAAUGAAGUGGGCGAUGAGGGUGAGAGUGGCUUUGUAUCUUGCACAAGCACUUGAGUAUUGCAGCAGCAAAGGUCGUGCCUUGUACCAUGAUCUUAACGCUUACAGGAUCUUGUUUGACCAGGAUGGUAAUCCGAGACUAUCUUGCUUCGGUCUUAUGAAGAAUAGUAGGGAUGGGAAGAGUUACAGUACAAAUCUGGCUUUCACACCUCCUGAGUACUUAAGAACAGGGAGAGUGAUUCCAGAGAGUGUUGUCUACAGCUUUGGAACACUGUUGUUAGAUCUUCUCAGUGGCAAACACAUACCACCAAGCCAUGCGCUUGAUCUGAUUCGUGGGAAGAACUUCCUGAUGCUAAUGGACUCAGCUCUCGACGGUCAUUUCUCAAACGAUGAUGGAACUGAUUUGGUUCGCUUAGCUUCCCGUUGUUUGCAGUAUGAAGCUCGUGAAAGGCCAAAUGUGAAGUCUCUUGUGACCUCACUUGCUCCUCUUCAGAAGGAAACUGAUGUUCCGUCUUAUGUCUUAAUGGGGAUUCCACAUGGAGCUGCUUCUCCAAAGGAAACAACUUCCCUGACCCCUCUUGGUGAUGCUUGUUCAAGACUUGAUCUCACUGCUAUUCAUGAGAUUCUUGAAAAGGUUGGAUACAAAGACGAUGAAGGCAUAGCCAAUGAGCUCUCAUUCCAAGUGUGGACCGACCAGAUUCAGGAGACACUAAACGCUAAGAAACAAGGAGAUGCUGCGUUCAAAGGCAAAGACUUUGUCACUACCAUUGAAUGUUACACGCAGUUCAUUGAAGAUGGCACAAUGGUAUCGCCAACGGUUUUUGCUAGGAGGUGUCUGUGUUAUCUGAUGAGCAACAAGCCUCAAGAGGCACUUGGUGAUGCGAUGCAGGCGCAAGUAGUGUCUCCUGAGUGGCCAACAGCAUUCUAUCUUCAGGCUGCUGCUCUCUUCAGCCUUGGAAUGGAUAAAGACGCUUGUGAAACCCUAAAAGAUGGAACUUCCUUGGAAGCCAAGAAACAGAACAAUAGAAACUGAAAACUUCCAAGUGUGUAUAGGUUUCUUCUCUCUCUCUUGCGUCUUGGAUUCUGAAAUCGCCUUAUUGUCUUUUGUUUAAGCAUUCGAGCUCAGCUCAUGCUAACCUUUGUGGUUUUCCUGUGAAUCGAAGGAUCUUUCUCAUUUGUCCAAGAUCCUUUUAUCUGCUAGUGAUUUUCUUCUUUGAACAUAAUUUGAAGAGUAGUAAAAAAAAAAGAAACGGAUUCAAUACAGCUAUCUAUUUCUAUUACC